GUAAUGAGAGUAGUGAUUAAGGAUGAAAAGAAAAAGUUAAAUGAAAUAAAACAAGAAGGAGUCCAGUAUAGACUGAAGAUAAUAGUUACCUCAACUUUCAGUCUCCUGGGGAUGUCCAAAUAACUGAAAGGUGUAGUGGGAGUAAGGAAGGGAUACACUUGGAAAGAUAAAAGGCAUUAUAUUAGAUGCAUCAUUUACAUUGCCUCUACUUCGUAUGGAAAUCCUGGUGGCAUAGUGGUUAAGAGCUACAGCUGCUAACCUAAAGUUCGGUGGUUCGAGUCUAGCAGGUGCUUCUUGGAAACUCUAUGGGGCAGUUCCACUCUGUCCUAUAGGGUCGCCAUGAGUCAGAAUCAACUCUAUGGCUACGAGUUUUUCUGGUUUCUACUUCUUAUAAAAAUCCUGAGAGUUGUGUAUUACUAGCCACGUUUUACAGUAUGAGGAGAUGGAGGUUCAGAGAGGUUAAACAAUUUGCUCAGGAUUACAUAGCAGAUAAGUAGCGGGGCCAGAAUUAAAAUCCUAGCCUGUCUGCCUCCACAGCUGAUAUUCUUGUCAGGUUACCAUACUUUGGGUGACAUUUAUAUGAGUGUCAUUGUUUUAUAGCUACCAUGUCGAUGCCUCCAGAGCAGAACCAGAGCUGGGUUUCUGAAUUUAUCCUGCUUGGCUUCUCCAGUCAUCCCACCUCCAACAGGAUCCUCUUCAUUGCCUUUCUUCUCCUGUACUUGAGUGCAAUCCUAGGGAAUGGGCUCAUCAUCACUCUGAUCUGCCUGGAUUCACAUCUCCACACUCCCAUGUACUUCUUUCUCUGUAUCCUCUCGCUAUUGGACGUGGGCUAUGUCACCACCAUCAUGCCCCAGAUGCUGGUGCACCUUCUUUCUCAUUCUCAGACCAUAUCCCUUGCUGGCUGUUGGCUGCAGAUGUACGUGUUUGGUGCCCUGGGCCUGACUGAGUGCAUCUUCUUUGUGGUCAUGGCCUAUGACCGAUAUGUGGCCAUUUGCUACCCACUACAUUAUACUGUUAUCCUCAGCAGGAGAGUGUGCACACGACUGGCAGCUGGAACCUGGGCCUGUGGUUUUUUCUUCUCUCUGAUUCACACCUUCCUCACCAUGAGGCUGCCCUAUUGUGGGCCCAACAUCAUCAACCACUACUUCUGUGAAGGCCCCUCAGUACGAAGCUUGGCUUGCAUGGACACCUACCUGACUGAGAUGGUAGACCUGGUCAUCAGUGUGUUUGUGAAUGUUACUCCAAGCUGCCUCAUUCUGGCCUCUUAUAUUCGUAUUGCCCUGGCCAUUCUCAAGAUCAAGUCCACCAGGGGCCGUUGCAAGGCCUUCUCCACCUGUGCUUUCCACCUGACUGUGGCCACACUCUUCUAUGCUCCAGCCACCUACAUCUACCUGAGGCCCAACUCCAGCUACUCCCGUGAACGUGACAAGCAGAUUGCACUCUUUUACAAUGUCUUCACCGCUCUGCUCAACCCUAUUGUCUAUAGUCUGAGAAACAAGGACAUCAAGGGAGCUUUUUUCAAGGUGAUAGGACGUGGUAGGGUGGUCUGGUGAACUGAGAUCCAAAAGAGUCAGUAUCUGUGAUGUUUUCAACCAACAUUGCACAUUUGAACCAACAUAUACUUGUCCAGUAGAACAAAUGAGGUCCAUGAAACCAACAUGGCUGUACUGAUCAACUUGCUAUGUUGUAGUACAAUAACAAACAUUUCCAUAAACUCAGUGGCUUAUAACAGCAAAGGUUCCUGUAUUGCUCAUGUUCCAUAUCAGUUAUAGGUUGGCUAUGGCCUUCUGUAGCCUUGGAUCCUGGCUGAAGAAGAAGCCCUACCUGGAACAUGCCAUUCUUGUGACAGAAGGAAAGAAAAAAUAGCUAAAACAAAUGAAGACCUU